AGUUGUGUUUUGACAACAAAAAUAAUCUCACGUGAUGUCUCAAUAAAAAAAUUUUAACUGAAUUUUUAGCAUAUUACAGAAUUACGGCUUUUAUAUUUAACUUUAACAUUGCGAAUGUUGAUUCCGUAUGGUAUACAUAUAUCUAAUUAUGUUUUUUUUUUAAAGAACGGAAGGACACCCCUGAAUAUUUUGACAGAUGUCAAUUGUAGUUGACAUUUCUCUAAGUGACGUGAGACGUGAUUGUUUAUUAAUUAUUUUUACUAUCUUUGUGAUAAAAAUGGUGUUUUUAUCUUAUUUAAGUGUGUGAUUAAACAUCGUUAUUGUGAAAACAAAAGUCUACAAUUACUUGUCGGGGACUCUCCCAGAGAACACCGAAGAGAAUCCCGGGGAAACUCCCAAGGAAAACGACGAGGAGAUUCCCGAGGAAACUUCGGAAGAGAAUUCAGAAGCAAGUUUUAACACAACUUCCGAGGAAGAAGAAUCUUCAGAAGAGGAAUCUGUAGAAGAAGAAUCUUCAGAAGAGGAAUCUGUAGAAGAAGAAUCUUCAGAAGAGGAAUCACUAGAAGAAGAAUUUUCAAAAGAAGAAAAUUCUGAGGAGGUUACCGAAGAAAGCGAAAGUUCCGUCAACAAUAUGGAUUCCACAGAUCAACCGAAUUCAAUAUGUCACGUCCAGUCAAUACAUAUGUAUCCGCUAUUACCAUCCAACAUCAAAGAUAUACCCUUCACGAUGCUUUCAGGGGAAACUGUUCAACAUUAUGGAUAUUCAGUGGAGGGUUUGGUUAUAAUUACUAAUUAUCGUCUCUUUUUGCAAAUGAGAAAUAGGCCUGGCUCUCACAUACCUGUAUCGCUUGUCGAAAACGUCGAGGUUAGAGAAAUGUCAACUUUAUUUAUUGGAUGUAAAGAUGCAAGGUCGUACAAGUGUACUUUCGAAAAUAACGAGACUUGCCAGUUAUGGUGCGACUAUCUACUCAAAGCUACGGAAUACCCGAAACAAGUCGAACAACUUUUUGCUUUUUAUCAUUGUAUCUGGUCAAAAGAAGAGGGGAAAGGAGACGUGGAUCUUCGGUUAUUGAAUCAAAGUCGAUAUACGUUUGACAGAACGCUUUUUGAGAACGAGAUGAGCCGUCUUGGAUUUCAAGGACAUUCCUGGAGAAUAUCCAAAGUUAAUGAACAAUAUAAAUUUUGUCCAACCUACCCGCCGUAUCUUCUUGUACCGUCUUGUAUUGAUGAUGACAUGUUAGAGAGCGUUGCAAAGUUUCGUAGCUCCAGAAGAAUUCCGGCGGUGGUCUGGAGACAUUCUCGUAAUGGAGCUGUGAUAGUUCGUUCAAGUCAACCGGAAGUGGGUUGGUUGGGUUGGAGAUCUAACGAAGACGAAGCUCUCCUAAAGGCAAUAUCCCAAGCAUGUAAUUUCGAUGGUCCAUUCAAAAAUUACGAACCGAAAGAAUCUAAUUUGUCCUGUUCGCUUGGUUCAAUACAUUCUGAUGAAUCAGUUAUACCGAACAGUAUCGAAAAUACAGAAAAAAAAGUUUUAAUCAUGGACGCUCGUUCUUAUACAACAGCAGUAGCUAAUAGAGCAAGAGGCGGCGGUUGUGAAUGCCCAGAGUAUUAUCCAAACUGCGAAAUUCAAUUCAUGAAUUUAGCCAAUAUACAUUCCAUCCGAAAGAGUUUCCAUGCUUUGAGACAACUUUGCACUUCCGCUGACCAAGCAAAUUGGUACAGUCAAUUAGAAGGAACACGUUGGUUAUCGAAUAUGUCUGGAUUGAUGAAAGCUGCAGUAACUCUGGUGGCAGCUGUAGAAAGGGACGCCAGACCUGUGUUAGUACAUUGUUCGGACGGAUGGGAUAGGACACCGCAAAUAGUGGCAUUAGCUGAACUUUUAUUAGAUCCUUAUUACCGUACCAUUGAGGGCUUUCGAACUUUGGUCGAACGAGAAUGGUUGGCGUUCGGUCACAAAUUCGCAGAUAGAUGUGGCCAUUCUUCAGGUAGCGACGAUCAAAACGAACGAUGUCCUGUUUUUUUACAAUGGUUAGAUUGUGUACAUCAAUUGCUGAUUCAGUUUCCUUGCGCAUUUGAAUUUUCACAAAUAUUCCUCGUGAAAUUAGUGAACCAUGUGUAUUCUAACUUAUUUGGUACUUUCUUAUGUAACACACAAAGGGAAAGAUCGAAAUUGGUAUAUGGAAAAACUUUUUCCGUUUGGGAUUUUUUGAAUUCGCCUUGUUUCAGAAAUCACUUAUAUUCCGUAACGGCAUUAACAACAUACAAUAAAAGAGUAUUGUGGCCUCAGUACAACGUCAGAGAUUUACAUUUAUGGUCAGCAGUGUAUUUAGGAACUAUAGAAGAAAAUUGCAAUGCAGAGGAGAGUUCGAAUUUUUCUGUUGAAUCAUAUGAAUCUUCUCCAAAUUAUAUGACAAAGACAAGAUCUUACGGAGACCUUAUUAACGAUGGUGAAAAUUCUGCAUAUCACUACAGACGAUCUAGCGAUCCUAGUAUCAAAUGUGAUCCAAAAUUAGAGGUUUUAACGUCGAACGGAUCGGCUAUGAACGGACAUGAUACGGUACACUUGGAGGUGACGAAUGGUUCCGACGACGCAAACGAUUGUAACAAAGAUUGCAUGUACAAUGAAAAUAAUUCCGAGUACCAACCAACUACUGAAGAAUUAGACCAAGAAGAUGAAAAAUUAUUUGAUACAGACCAAACAGAUUUCGGAGAACCACCUCCUCCUGUACCAGAACUCCACCGGAAACCUUUAAUAAAUGUAGAAUUAGAUCGAGAACAACCCGAAGGGUCUAAAAAUUGUAACCACGUGAUUAUAGAAGGGGAUGUUGGUGAAAAUUCCAUAGACAUAAAUGGGGGGGCACCGUUAGAAAAUGAUAAGACUGUCGUUAAAGGUGAUAUAUUAAAUCAUAAUAAUAAGGGGGGAAACGAGACUUGUACAAAUAUAGACGAUAAGUUGGAUGGAAGUGUUUGUGUUAAAUAUGCCAAUAUUGGAAAUAUAGACAAUGAAAGAUCGAAUGAGACCAGCACUGAAACACUUGUUGACGAUGACAGCAUUACACCAGGCACUAUUGGUAGUAACCAUAAUGGCAUCCCUCGAAAAAGAGAGAGGUCAAAAAAUUCAAAUUCCUCACAGAUGACAACCGAUAGUAACGGUUGGGAUCAUUCGUUACACAUUAUGGCGCACCACAAGAACAUAUUUUCCUAUCAAAAUCCUUUAGGCGAAGACGGAUUAGUCAUACUACGUUGUGAGGUUCAAGAAAGACUCAACCAGAUCAUUGAGGAAAAUCAAAAAGAAGUUGAGAGUCUUAAAAAGGAUCUGUACGCCGCUAGAAAAAAUUUAAUCAAGCAACCUCGUGCGAAAUGUACCCAUCUUGACUGUGAUCGACAAGACGAUAAUAAUUCCGUUGUUGAAUCCGUCGGUAGUACAAGCGAAGGACAAGCUUCAGCAACCGGAGAAUCCUUGAAGUCUGAUUUUUCUUGGAUAGAAGAAGGUUCCAUUAUCGAAUGUCCGCGGACGUUAUGGGUACCUGAUCACGCGGUUAAUAGGUGUACAGGAUGUGAUACAGAAUUCUGGAUGGGAAGGAGAAAACAUCAUUGCAGAUAUUUUGAUUGCAGAAAAUGCGGGAAGAUAUUCUGCGCGGACUGUUCCGAACACAGCGCCCCCUUACCAUCAGAACAACUAUAUAAUCCAGUACGAGUUUGCCGAAAAUGUUUCGAAGAAUUAAGAAGGGACUGUACACAAAUUCCUAAUCAAUGUAAACAAACUAACCCCCAAUCAACAAACGCAAAUACCCAAAUCGCAGCUUCGAGUAAUUAAUAAAAAGAAUAUUUUUUCAAUAUGUUUAUUUGCGAUAUUGUGAAAGGGAUGCUAUUGAAUGUUUUUAAUUUGGUUUUAAAGUGUAUAUAGAUAUGUAUAAAAAGUUUUAUGGUUAGGUGAAUUUUUUGUAUGCCCUUGUGAUGCUUUAAAUACUAUAAAAACGAAAAUUUGCUGCAUAUAUAAUCGAAUUUUUAUAUCCGUUUGGCGCUUAAAAAAUAAUCUCAAUUUUAUUUUUUAUUGUGUUCAAGCUGAAAAAUAUUUAAAGAGAAACUACCCAGCUAUAAGACUUUUUAACAAUUUGUGACGUUCUAUUAGUAAAUAUGUAAAUUUUAUUUUCAAACAACUAUUCAAAAGACUUUUGCACCCAGUGUUAUUUUGGAUAGAGAUUAAAAAAUUCCUGGAAAAUAUUUAUAGGUUUUUUCCAUAAUUUCAAUCUCUUUAACUCUAAUUUUAAUCUAUUAUCGCUUGUCUUAUGACAGUUUUCCAUUUUAUAACUGCUUUUCCAUUUGGUAUCUUUCCUAAUAACUUCCUUUCGAUGUUUUCUUUUGCUUUUCCCAUGAUGGAUCUCAUCCAAUUCCAAUGUCUUUGUCACAAAUUUUGAUCUAUCAUCUCUAGUUUUAUGACAGUUUUCCAUUCUUCCUGUUUGUUUCUUUCCUAACAACUUCCCUUUGGUGUAUUCGUUGAGAUUAUUCUUUUGCUUUUCCCAUUAUGAGUCUGACCCAAUUACAAUGCCUUUGUCACAAAUUUUAAUCUAUCAUCUCUUGUCUUACGACAGUUUUCCAUUCUUUAACUGCUCUUCCUGUUUGUUUCAUACCUAACAACUUCCUCUCGGUGUAUUCGUUGAGAUUAUUCUUUUGCGUUUUCCAUGAUGUCUCAGAUACAAUUCCAAUGUCUUUGUCUCAAAUUUUGAUCUAUUACGCUUGUCUAUUGACGGUUUUCCAUACUUCAACUGCUCUUUCUCUUUAUUUCUUUCCUAAAAACUUUUUAUUUGAUACUUCUUGUGCCACAUUAUCUUUGCCUCAAAUCUUGAUCUUUCAUCUCUUGUCUGACAGUUUUCCAUCUUAUAACUGCUCUUCCUCUUUGUUUCUUUCCUAACAACUUUUUUUGAUACUUCUUUUGCCACAUUGUAUUUGUUUCAAAUCCUCAUCUAUCAUCUCUUUUCUUAUGACAGUUUUCCUUCUUAUAACUGCUCUUUCUUUUAGUUUUUUCCCCUAAUAGUCUUCAUUUCAAUAUUUUUUUCGCCAUCACUUAUUCAGCGUUAAUUAGACGUUACUAUAGUGUAACUAUGGUCAAUUCUUCAUAAUUAGAUUAUAAACCGUGGCCCAUAUAGAGCUCCUGAUAGGCCGUCGUGAUCAGUCUUCUCCAUUUUUAACGAAAUACAAUAUCUUUGUCUCAGAUCUUUAUUGGAAAUCGGUUGUCAGAUGUAGUCAUCUUCAUACAAUUCUUGUUCUUUCGUCCCUAGAAGCUUCCAUUUUUCACACUUGUGUUGUUAUUUCUAAUCCGACAUUCUUUUAAAGUGAUACUUGACUAGACAGUGGUUUGUCAGAACACCUACCACCAGUUUAGUGUCGCUUCUAGAAAAGUUCUUCAGAUUUUUUAGCUGAAGUGGUUAUGAAUCUUUUGGAUUGUCUUAGACGUGGAGUAUUUCUUCAUCCUUUCAUUUCGUUGUUGAUGUGGCAUCUUGUGAGGCCACAGUAGGGCUCUGGUUCUAGGUAUAGAGUCCUUGUCCCUUUUUUGAUAAGGUUGUCCUGUUCCUCAUUGUCUGGUAUACUCUGGUCGCCUGGUAGGCUCUCACGCUAAUGUGGACGUGCACUCAAUAACUUUCAGAACCUUCAAGGGUACUUGGUUAUCGUAGAGAAUAUGAAUGUGCUUUUCCCUUAACUUAUAUUAUGGAGAGCACAAAAUAGUAUGAAAAUUAAAAGCACAACUUGAGUUACAAUUGUAGUAUCUUGAUAUAAAAAGUCAUUUCCUCAGAUGCAUUAAAAAUUUCAAAAAAAAAAUCUAGAUACAAAUUACGAUACAUUUUGAUCUGGCUUUAGGAUCAGACACUGUGUAUAUAAUAUACGCACAACAGUUUUUGGUGAAAAGUACCAGACCAAGAAUCAAAUUUCUUUCAGAAUUGAAUAGUUUGGUUUGGUGAGGUCUAAUUAGCUCUAGUCUUUUCGUUGGAGACACGGUCUUCUUGUAUAAAUCGUGUAUGUAAAACUUUUUGUAAAUAUAACCCACCAGCUAAUUUGUUAAUGUUUUAAAGACUAUUAUUUUUAUAAUAUAAUAAAAAAAUGCAAAUUGUACCUUAUUUAAACGGUAAAAGGACUGAAAUUAAUAUUUUACGUCGGUAGAUAAUGUAUUUUGUUAUAAAAACUUAACACGUUGACUGCCGUGCUAUGCUAGAUAUAAUAAAGCGAUUGUUAAAUAUUAACUCACGCAUAGAUGGCAGUGAGCGUGUUAAGAAAAAUACACAUGAAUAGUUGUGUCUAAACUUGUUGAAUGUUUUCGUCCUAAAUAUCGAUAGGUAACAUUCCUUUCACGCGAUAUCGUAAAUGAUUUUUUCAAAAAAUUCGGAUACUUUUAGAGAUUUGUAACAAAGGAACUAUGACAAGUGUUUUUUCUCAAUUUGAGACUACAAAAUUGAUGUUAAAAUGUCCAAGAGUAUAUUGAAAUAUUAAUACAUUUGUCAUUAGGUAUAUUGAAGAUAUUUAGUGAAUAAAACUUAUUUUAAAUUUAAUUUGGGUGUUUUUGAAUUUACCUUCAAAUUUUACCAAAAAAACUUUUAUUCAAAAUAAAAACAAUUGUAUAAUAAUCAAUUGUGAAUGAUGAAAUCAUUGUUUACAAUUAGAACACCUCCAAAAUAUUCUAUAGCUGCAUAUUGAUAUAGAAACAGUUAUUUGAGAAGAAGAAGAACCUAAUCAACAAAAUCAUCUUUAUAACCUCUCUACAUUGACCCUUUAAUUCUAUUCCUUUUAUCUCCAUUUUUUCUAGUUCUAGGAUUUUGUUUUCUACAAUAUUUUCUUCUAUCUCUUUUUUUCUGAUAAUUUUAUUUUCUCUAUUUCCAUUCAUACUAUUUGUUUUUUAUCGUUUUCCCCAUUUUUUCAAAUCUAUCUAAGAUUUUUUCUAAUGUGUUUUUUUUGAUUUCCUGAAUUAAAAGCAACAGAUAACAGAUGAAGAAGAAAAAAAUAAAUAUGACAAAGAGUAACGGACACAAUACAAAACUAAAUAAUGUUGAAGUAACAAGUUGUAAUAAGACAUAAAGUGAUGAAAAUUACAAAUACAGUGCGAAUAAAAUAGAAUGCUAGACAAAAAUUCCUAUUGAACCUGAACUCUUGGCCUAGGACAAUCUGAAAGAUUCUUAACCAUGAAGAACUUCUCGUGAUGACCAGAAAUGAUAGUAAACUGGUGGUCGGUAUUCUGGCAGGUCAAAUACCACCUUAAAACGAUACGCAUUGUAGAAGGCGACAACUGCAGAUUCUGUAAUCUACUCUGCGAAUGUUCUGCCCAAUUCGCUAAAAGGCUUAAGUACCUUGAAGGAGUAGUAAUAAUACCUAGGUAAGUGGGACACAAGAACCCUAAAAACUAACCUCCUUUGGAAGGACCCCACAAUAUAAUCUACAAUCUAGGGAAUAAAAAGGAAAGACCAUAAUGACGAAUAUAAAAGUAUGUAAAUAAUUCGUUAUAAAAUAAACAUUUUCAUCACAAAGUAAUAGGGGUUGACUAAUUAUAAAA